UCUAAAUCCCUCUUCUUCCUCUCUUCACUGUGCGCACUACUCAAAGUAGUGCUCACCCACCAAAUUUCUCAUCUCCCCUUCACCCUCCAAAAUCCCAAAACAAAUCUCAGAUCCCUAAAUCUCGAAACCCUAAAGUCAAAACCAUAGCCAAUGGGUCACAUAAAUCUCCCGCCAUCUCGCCGCUCUCUCCACCGCCGCUAACUCCUCGACGCCGCCUGCAUGUCCUUCUUCGCCGGCGUCGCCGUCUUCUUCCUCCUCGUCUUCACCUCCCUCGGCGACUCCCUCGCCGCCUCCGGCCGCCGCUCCCUCGCCGCCUCCGACCCCCGCCACCGCCACCGCGUCCUCGAGCUCCUACUCGACUCUCCGCCGCGAGAUCGACGGCGGGAGGCGUCUGUGGGGACGUGGGGAUGCGAGGGGCGGGGAUGUGGAUUUGAUGCGCGUCGCGAGGAUCCGAGGAGGAACAGUCAGUUGAGCAGGGAGAUGAAUUUUAUAGGGAGCGUCAUUGUCGGCGCCCCAGAGGAUGGGCCGCUUUGUUUGGUGCACGGCGGGUAUCGGAUUCCGGUCCAGUGGCCGGAGAGCUUGCACAAGAUAUGGCAUGAUAACAUGCCACAUAACAAAAUCGCAGAGCGAAAAGGUCAUCAAGGCUGGAUGAAGAAAGAAGGCCUGUACUUUAUCUUUCCAGGUGGUGGCACUAUGUUUCCAGAUGGAGCUGUGAAGUAUAUUGAGAAGCUUGGACAAUUCAUCCCCAUUAAUGGCGGCGAUUUGAGGACAGCUCUGGAUAUGGGAUGUGGGGUUGCAAGCUUUGGAGGAUUUCUACUUAAAGAAAAUAUCACUACACUUUCUUUUGCUCCAAGAGACUCUCAUAAAGCUCAAAUACAAUUUGCCUUGGAAAGAGGAAUCCCUGCAUUUGUUGCCAUGCUGGGCACUCGCAGACUUCCAUUUCCUGCGUACUCAUUCGAUUUGGUUCACUGUUCGCGAUGCUUGAUUCCCUUCUCUGCCCAUAAUGGAACUUAUUUUGUUGAGGUAGACCGCUUACUUAGACCAGGUGGAUAUCUUGUCAUAUCCGGUCCACCUGUGCAGUGGCCUAAACAGGACAAGGAAUGGGCUGAGCUUCAAGCUGUGGCUCGUGCCUUGUGUUAUGAACUUAUUGUUGUCGAUAGCAACACCGUAAUUUGGAAGAAACCUUCAGGUUCAGCAUGUCUUCCUAAUCAAAAUGAAUUUGGAAUUGACAUGUGCGCCGACUCUGAUGAUCCAAGUGAAGCAUGGUAUUUUAAGUUGAAAAAAUGUGCCAGUAAAGCUUCCCUCGAGGAGGAAAUAGCUGUUGGUUCCAUCGCAAAAUGGCCAGAAAGGCUGUUGAAACCCUCUGCAAGGGUGUCUCUAAUGAGAAGUGGGGUUGAUGUGUUUGAAGCUGAUACGCGACGUUGGGCUAGACGAGUUGCAUACUACAAGAAAUCACUUGGCUUGAAGUUAGGGACUCCUAGGAUUCGCAAUGUUAUGGAUAUGAAUGCAUUUCUUGGAGGUUUUGCGGCGGCUCUGUCAGCUGAUCCUGUCUGGGUUAUGAAUGUAGUUCCUGCUCGAAAGCCUUUAACUCUGGAUGUGAUUUACGACAGAGGUCUUAUUGGAGCCUAUCAUGAUUGGUGUGAGGCUUUCUCAACUUAUCCUCGAACCUACGAUCUAAUCCAUGUAGCAAGAAUCAGCUCACUGAUGCGAGAUCCGGUAUCUGGUAGGGCCAGGUGCAACCUUGUUGACCUAAUGGUAGAAAUGGACCGCAUUCUACGUCCAGAAGGAACUGCCGUAAUUCGUGAUGCACCAGAUAUAAUAGAAAAAGUGGUACGAGUUGCUCGUGCAAUUCGAUGGACAGUCAAAGUGCAUGAAUCCGAGCCUGAAUCUCGCGGAGGUGAAAAAAUCGUCAUCGCUACCAAAAAAUUUUGGAAGCUGCCUUCAAACUCUCAGUGAUACCUUACAUUCUUCCUUUUCUUUUUUCUUGGUUUUUCUCUUUACAACGUGGUAUGAAUAGGAGAACAGGAUGGGGGCAUGAAGAUGCAACCACUGUAGAUAUUCUUUACCAUUACCAUAGAGUGAAAUGGUAAUAGAGGAUCAAUCUCAAAUAUCAAUGUAAUUUUCCCCCUUUUGGAUUAGUAAUUUGUAUUUAUUGUUGUAUAAUGAAGAGGGAACAGAUGAAAGGUGUUACAUAUGUAAGCCCUAUAUUUUACAUUCUGAUGUUUAAAAGCAGAGGAGCUGGACUCUUGUUCAUAUGUAUUUA